AUGGAAAAGCAGUUUGGAGGAGUUGCCAGUGGAGAUAGCACUGCGCAGCCGGGAGUACCGAAUCGAAACAAGCCUCGGACGUUGGUCACCUCUGGGUCGAAACAGGAUAGCGUGGAGACAUUGGACAGUCCUACAGGUUCUCAUGUAGAGUGGUGUAAGCAGCUGAUAGCAGCCACCAUCUCCAGCCAGAUAUCAUCUGUACCCGCAGACACUGCAUCCGGAGACUGCAAGCCUCCAAGAGACGGAACCAAGCAGGUCCAGACGGAUGAGGUUCCACUGGUACCGGGAGAGACCAUCAAGGCUGUGGCCAAGGAUGUGAUGUACAUCUGUCCUUUCACGGGUUUGGUGACCGGAACCCUCACCAGCACCAACUAUAAACUAUACUUUAUCAGUCUGGAGCGGGAUACUCCCUUCAUCCUGGAUGUGAACCUGGGAGCGAUCAGCCGUCUAGAGACCAUCAGUGUUCAGAGUCAUGGAGAGAACACAAGGGGCAUGGAGAUAGUCUGUAAGGACAUGCGGAGUCCCAGGUUUGCCUAUAAGGAGGAUGCCAGCCAACCAGAGAUAGUGGAGGUUCUAGCUAAACACACCUUCCCCCUAUCAAACGACCUGCCCCUGUUUGCCUUCCUGUAUAAGGAGGAGUUUCCUGUGGAUGGGUGGAAGGUGUAUGACCCCAUGGCAGAGUACAAGAGACAGGGUCUCCCCAACGAGAGUUGGACCAUCAGCAAGAUGAACAGUAGUUAUGAGGUGUGUGACACCUACCCUGCCCUGGUCGUCAUCCCCACCAGCAUCGAGGACGACCACCUCAAACGAGUGGUGGCCUUUAGGGCUAGGCACCGCAUACCGGUGUUAUCAUGGAUCCACCCGGAGAGCCAGGCCACUAUAGUCCGUAGCAGUCAGCCUUUAGUGGGCCCCUCUGACCGGCGUUGUAAGGAGGACGAGAGAUACCUCCAGACCAUCAUGGAUGCCAACGCUCAGUCUCACAAACUCACGAUCUUUGACGCCCGACAGAGCAGCGUGGCAGACAACAACAAGGCUAAGGAUGGUGGUUAUGAGAGUGAGAGUUUCUAUCCCAAUGUAGAACUCAACUUCCUGGAGAUCCCCAACAUCCACGUGAUGAGAGAGUCACUGAGGAAACUGAAGGAAGUGGUCUACCCUAGUAUAGAUGAGGCUCACUGGCACUCUGCAGUCGACCAGACACACUGGCUAGAGUACAUACGGCUGCUCCUGACGGGUGCAGUGCGUAUAGCUGACAAGCUGGAGUCUGGUAAGACCUCUGUGAUGGUCCACUGUAGUGAUGGGUGGGACCGGACGACCCAGCUCACCUCUCUGGCCAUGCUGAUGCUGGACAGCCACUACCGCACCCUGAGAGGAUUCCAGGUGCUGUUGGAGAAGGAGUGGAUCAGCUUCGGACACAAGUUUGCUGCGCGUGUGGGUCAUGGGGAUGAGAACCAUGCCAACUCGGAGAGAUCGCCUCUCUUUAUCCAGUUUAUAGACUGUGUCUGGCAGAUGAACAGACAAUUCCCUGCAGCGUUUGAGUUUAAUGAGUUGUUCCUGAUAACCAUUCUGGACCACCUCUAUAGUUGUCUAUUUGGUACGUUCCUCUACGACAGCGAACAGGAGAGAGUGGCCAAGGAAGUCGAGACAAAGACAGUCUCUCUGUGGUCCUAUAUCAACAGUCAACCAGAGGACUUCACCAACCCGUUCUAUGUGGACUAUGAGCACCAGGUCUUGUACCCUCUAGCUAGCGUCAGACACCUGGAGCUGUGGACCGGGUACUACGUACGAUGGAACCCCCGUAUGAGGCCGCAGAUGCCGGUGCACCAGAACCUGAAGGAGUUGUUGUUCCUGAGAGCAGAGUUACAGAGGAAGGUAGAGGAGUUGGAGAGAGAAGCAUCUUCAUCACGCGGCUCUCUCUCGUCUUCAUCAGAACACACAUCAUCACCCUCACACAGCGGCGGCACGCCCCUACACACCAUUGUUUAAUACAGUACACGCAUACACACACACACCUGAAUGCAGUACCCAUCACAGAACUGAACACAGACACGUAACCACUUGUUUGUUCGUCUUCGUAUUCCUGAAUCAGUUUUUCACAUCAUGUUUUUAUCAUAAAGAACUAGAAAGUUUAACUUGAGAAACUAGGUACACGUUUGUAACAGUUUCAUUCUUUUUUUUUGUAUUGAAAUGAAAUUGUUGAAAAAGUAUUGGUAAAAAAAGCACCAUUAGUAUUUGGUGCGUAUUUUAACAUAGAACAUGAAUAGAUUGAACUAACACAUUUCUACCUACCUAAAGUAUUAUACUCUUUACAAUUGACGACAGUUUCCAAUAUUAGAAAUAUGUUGAAUUCAUAGACGUGUAGAAAUAUCAAGUGCACUUUUUUUUAAACACAUUCGAGGAAGCAUGUAUUGAAGCAUGUUAUAUCAAGUGGAUCAUUAAGGAUACGUCCCAAAUGGUACCCUAUUUAGCCUGAUCAAAAGCUGUGCACUGUGUAGGGUGGCAUUUGGGACAUAGCCUAAAUAAGAGCUCUGUAUAUACUACUUAAGCUUAUCCAGCUGUGCCAUAACUGGUAAUAUAUAAUGUGUGUCCUAUUCCUGUCCUUCCCUUUUAAUGUACCUGUCAUGUGUUCCUAUCAACAUGUUCCAUUCAGUCUGUGCACUCUUAAAAAUGUAAUCUUUGCCUUUCUAUUCAAUGUGUAUUUUUUACUUAUCCACACUGUUAUUGGUCAUGUUUACACAGGCAACCCAAUUCUGAUCUUUUGCUCAGUUAUUGACAAAUCUGAUCUGAUGAAUUAGUGGAACAGAUUUAGACUGCCUGUGUAAAUGCACCCAUGUGAUUUUCUUCUCCUCUGCUGAUGCCAAAUCCUUUGUUUUGUGUUUGAACCUUUUACCCAGUCGUGCUUUUGUAUUAGAUUGCAUUUCUACUGGUGUUUUUACCCGGGGUGGAACUUUCACUUGGGACAGACAUGUCGCCCCUCACAUUAUAAAAUUGCAUUUUUGUCCCCCCCCCCCCAGUUUUAUAAUUUGAAUGUGAUACAAAAUGAGACAAUAGUGUGCUUUAGGACCAUGCGGACGCCUCUGAGCGGUCGGGUAGAGUGUUUAUUCGAAUGGAUAGCAAAAUGUAUAUCUCCAGUACCAGUCAAAAGUUUGGACACAUACUCAUUCA